CUGCUCAAGCCACCAGAGAGAGAAGAGACGCCUGCCCGCAUACACACACACCUCACUUACAUGCUCUUCUUCUGCCUUUUAAAACCUUCCCCUUUCUCAAGAGUGGCUGGGGUUACUGCCUCUGAUUUAGCACAUGUGCUGAUCCCAAGCUAACAGGACAGAACAGUUCUGGUGAUUGGUUCCUAGCUAUCCAGUGCCUACCUUACGCUGGGCUGUGCAGUUUGAGUGUCUGAGCAAGGGAGGGAGAUAGUGACACUUCUACUGAGGCUAGAAACCAGUCAUAUUUAACCAGUAUUAGAACAGUGACCCCACUCAGCCACAGCUGAGUUCUGGAGGAUAUAUGCUCACAGAUUCCCACACACCGGUCUUGUGGAACAGAGCACUAAGUGCUAUUUACCAAAGUUAUUUUCAGGAAUAUGAAGCACCAGGAUUUUACUUAGCCUGUGUUCCGCCCUGGACUACUUUGUCACAGGGCAUUUUCCCAGUUACACAUUCACAAAGCUAGCAGAGCUUCUUUAGUGCUUACUGUGCUCCUGGCAGAGAUAACAAACGGUUGGGAGUGACUAAAAACUUUUGGCCUGAGGACCCUGAGACUAGAAUAGCUGAGGAGGCUGAUAACUUCUUGCCAUAUUGACCUGCCUCUAAAACGCUGAACCAGCUACUCGAUCACUGACAGAGAUCUUGCCUCAGUCAGCAGAGUACAGUGAGCAGCAUGUUACUCUUGGAUGAGUCUCAGCAGUUUCCAGACCAGCCCCAGGAAGAUGUGUUCAGCAGUGACCAUGUUCAGCAUGGGGAGGAUGGGGAAUGGCAACGCUCUACUUCAACUACCUCAUCUCAGAGCGAGCGGGCGGAGCGACUCUUGCAGAACCAGCACAAGAGCCUGGCCUCUGAGGACACCAAAAAGAAGAGGGCUCAGAAACCUUCUCACAUGAGGAGGAACAUAAGAAAGCUGCUGCGGGAGGAUCAGCUUGAGGCUGUGACAAAAGCAGCCCAGCUGGAAGAGUUGGAGAGAAGGAAAAGGCUGGAGCAGCAGCGAAAGGAUUAUCCGGCAGCCAUCCCCACUGUACCGCUAGAGUUUCUUCCAGAAGAAAUAGUUUUAAGAACAGCGGAGGCCACUCAGCUUCCACCUCAAGUCCUAGCUGAGGAAGUGAUCUGCUUGGAUAGCACCAGCAGUGGCAGUGAAGAUGACACGAAAGGCAUACUACAUAGCAUUAAAGAUGAAGUAAUCGAAUUGAGUUCAGGAGAGGAUGAGGCCCUCCAGAUUGUGGACAGCAGCGACUCUGCCAACGAGGGGGAAGAUGGGGAUGGUACUGAAGAGAGCAGUGGCUCUCAUGUGAAUGACGCCUUAAAUCAGUCGGAUUCUCUGGGGCAGGUCAUUGUCAACAUCAACCAUCCACCCAAUGAAGAGGACAUUUUCCUGGCUCCGCAGCUUGCACGGGCAGUAAAGCCUCACCAGAUUGGUGGGAUCCGGUUCCUGUAUGAUAAUCUGGUGGAAUCUCUGGAGAGAUUUAAAAGCAGCAGUGGGUUUGGGUGUAUCUUGGCCCAUAGCAUGGGGCUGGGCAAGACCAUCCAGGUCAUCUCUUUCUUGGAUGUACUUUUCCGGCACACGGAGGCAAAGACUGUCCUUGCCAUUGUACCUGUAAACACUCUCCAGAACUGGCUGGCAGAAUUCAACAUGUGGCUCCCCGCACCUGAAACCCUCCCUGCUGAUUAUAACCCAAAAGAAAUUCAGCCACGCUUCUUCAAAGUCCAUAUCCUGAAUGAUGAACACAAGACGACUGCUGCCCGUGCAAAGGUGGUGACUGACUGGGUGACGGAUGGCGGGGUGCUGCUGAUGGGCUAUGAGAUGUACCGUCUCCUCUCACUGAAGAAGUCCUUUGCCACUGGCAGGAAGAAGAAAACAAAGAAACAAACUGGCCCUGUCAUUAUCGACUUAGAUGAGGAGGACCGGCAGCAGGAGCUUCUGAAAGGGAUCGAGAAGGCUUUAUCCCGCCCUGGUCCAGAUGUAGUUAUCUGUGAUGAGGGACACCGGAUAAAGAAUUGCCAUGCCAGCACCUCCCAGGCCCUGAAGAACAUCCGCUCCAGGCGGCGGGUGGUACUGACAGGCUACCCGCUCCAGAACAACCUGAUUGAGUACUGGUGCAUGGUAGACUUUGUCCGUCCUGACUUCUUGGGUACGCGGCAGGAGUUCAGCAACAUGUUUGAGCGCCCCAUCCUGAACGGGCAGUGUAUUGACAGUACGCCGCAGGAUGUCCGUCUCAUGAGGUACCGCAGUCAUGUCCUGCAUAGUCUGCUGGAGGGGUUUGUGCAGAGGAGAGGCCAUAACGUACUAAAGGCUCAGCUUCCCUAUAAAGAAGAACAUGUCAUUCUGGUACGUCUGUCAAAAAUCCAACGGGCUCUCUACACAGAGUUCAUGAACCGGUUCCGGGAUGCAGGCAACAGUGGCUGGCUGGGAUUGAACCCACUCAAGGCUUUCUGCGUCUGUUGUAAGAUCUGGAAUCACCCAGAUGUGCUGUAUGAGGCGCUGCAAAAAGAGAAUCUGGCAAAUGAGCAGGACCUGGAUGUGGAUGACCUUAGCACAGCUGGAACUAAUUCUCGCUGUCAGCCACAGGGAAUAAAAGUCAAAACAGAGGCCAAUGCUUUGGCAUCACCAGUUGGAGAAGCUACCAACAGCAAGUUCCUUCAGGGCAUUGGCUUCAACCCCUUUCAGGAGAGAGCAAAUCAAGUAGUUACUUACGAGUGGGCCAAGGACAUCUUGUGUGAUUACCAAACAGGAGUUUUGGAGAACUCGCCCAAGAUGGUGUUACUGUUCCACCUGAUUGAGGAAAGCGUGAAGCAUGGAGACAAGAUCUUGGUCUUCAGCCAGAGUCUGUCCACAUUGUCUGUCAUUGAGGAGUUCUUGGCCAAGAGACCAAUGCCCAAUCCUUCAGGCUCAGAUGUGCAAGGCGUUCAUAACUGGGUCCGAAAUCUCAACUAUUACAGACUGGAUGGCAGCACUUCUGCCUCAGAAAGGGAACGAUUGAUUAACCAGUUCAAUGACCCCAGCAACAGCUCUGUUUGGCUCUUCCUUUUGUCCACACGAGCUGGGUGUUUGGGUGUCAACCUGAUUGGAGCAAACAGAGUGGUGGUGUUUGAUGCUUCUUGGAACCCGUGCCAUGACGCACAAGCAGUGUGCCGGGUGUACCGCUACGGACAAAGGAAGCCAUGCCACAUUUACCGACUGGUUUCGGAUUACACCCUGGAGAAGAAAAUCUAUGAUCGCCAGGUCUCCAAGCAGGGGAUGUCAGAUCGUGUUGUGGAUGAUCUGAAUCCAGUGCUGAACUUCACCCGGAGGGAGGUGGAGAACCUGCUGCACUUCGUAGAAGAGGAGUCUGAUCCUGCCCAGCUGGCAUUGGACCCAAACAAGAUGAAGGAGUCUGUCUUACAGCUAGCCUGUCACAAAUACCCUCACCUUAUCACCAAGGAGCCUUUCCAGCAUGAGUCGCUGCUGAUUGACCGGAAGGAGCACAAGUUGACCAAGGCAGAGAAGAAGGCAGCAAAGAAGAGCUAUGAGGAAGAGAAGCGAGCAUCCGUCCCCUACACCCGUCCAUCCUAUGCACAGUAUUACCCAGCCAGUGACCAGAGCCUGACAAACAUCCCUGCCUUCAGUCAAAGGAAUUGGCGACCAGUCUUCAAGGGCGAGGACAAGCCAGUGGCAAGCGUCCGCCCUGUUCAGUCCACUCCCAUUCCUAUGAUGCCUCGGCAUGUCCCGUUGGGUGGCGUGGGAUCGGCAUCUGGUUCCAACCCUGCUGUCAGCUUCCCCAUCAACUAUCUGCAGCGAGCUGGUGUCCUUGUUCAGAAGAUUGUCACCACAACAGAUAUUGUGAUUCCAGGCACAAACACAUCCACCGAUGUGCAGGCGAGAAUCAGUGCUGGUGAGAGCAUCCACAUAAUUCGGGGGACUAAAGGGACAUACAUCCGCACCAGCGAUGGGCGGAUUUUUGCUAUCCGGACCACUGGGAAGCCAAAGGGCGGUGAAGACCGUCGAACAGCUGCCUCAGGCUCUCAGGGUCCGUCUCUGGAAUCCACAAGCAAUGGCAGACACAGUGCCUCGUCGCCCAAGCUCCCUAACACAGAGGAGCUCACUCGGCCCAUUUCCCCUGACAGCCCGGAGAUCAUCAGCGAACUGCAGCAGUAUGCCGAGGCAGCCGCUGCCCGGGAGUCUCGCCACAACUCCCCCAGCACUAACACUGUGCACGGACACCCUGCCCGGACAGACAAUGCGGCCACCUUAGCAGCCCGGGGAGCUGAGCAGCGAUUGGGCCUCCAUUGCUUGGCUCCGUCGGUUUCUUCAGCCCUGCCAGCCACCAGCCAACAUGUCGAUGGUCACUCAGUGCUGGACUUACGGGGCAACAAGCGCAAGUCGACCUCGCCCUCUGUCCCGGAGGAACCAGCCCGUCGGCAGCAGAAAAAGCGCCACCUGCCAACGUCUGUUCAGUCGUACGAACACGGGUACCCAGUCUCUGGUGGGUUCACCAUGCCCCCUGUUUCUUUAAACCACAACCUAACCCAUCCAUUUGCCCCCCAAGCAGGAAACUCCGUGUACAUGGGCUCAUCCUACUACCAGCUGCCCAAUUUACUACCAGACCCUCAGCUGGUGUUCCCUGUGACUACUGACCCUCUGCUGACAGCCGGCACCGCCAGCUCCUCUGCUGCUACCUCAGCCACCGCCAGCAUCCCCUCGUUCAUGCUAAACCCCUCUGUGACGGGGAUGCUGCCCAGCUACUCACUUCCCUUCACGCAGUCACUCCUGCCUGAGCCCAGGAUGUUUGCUCCUUUCCCAUCCCCAGUUUUGCCUAGCAGCCUUCCCAGGAGCAUGGCGUCUGCCUACCCUGGCUACAUGUCCCCUCAUUCGGGCUACCCGGCCGGGGGCCUCCUGCGGUCCCAGGUGCCUCAGUUUGAAUCCCAGGAGGCCUCAGAGGUGGGAUGCAGCUCCAAUGAUGAUGAGGACAAAGACGACGAUGUAAUAGAGAUCACAGGGAAAUAAUGGGUCCAGUUCCUGUUAGAUCUCAGCUUAGCCAGGAGGGAAAAGUUUCAGGACCUCUCUGGAGUCAGGAUUUCACCUCUGAGCUAUGGCAGCAGGGCUGGAGGAGGAGACGUUUUUAGAUGUCAAGGAUCUGCAUUGUAUUGGGGAGGGAGGGUGGGGAGAACAAAACCUGAACGGACUUGCAAGAGUGGGGGGCAGCAAUGCAAACCAUAGGAGUGCCUCCCUUGCUUCCUCUCCUGCAUUGUCCGUGUGUCUGUCUGUGUUAUCCGAAAGGGAGCCUUGAUGUUGCGAUUCAGUGCCCCUUCUCAGGCCUGGAGACACUGAGUUGAUCUCUGUGUUUUUGAAGAGCUCCCUCUCGCGCGAACUGCCUUAUCUGUGAACUUUUCUCGCUCAAGGAGGCACGAGCUGGGGGUGUGCCCCAGGAGAGGGUCUCGAUGAAGAGCAUUUUUAAUUGGGGUUGGGGAGGAGCAGGCUAUAUGUCGUUUGUGUAGGAGGGGAGGGUAAAGGGUGUGUGGGGGGGGGUCAGUGUGAAAACCGAUUUGUCUUUUCAUCCUCUUAAAAAUUCAAAACACAAUAAUCUGACAGCUCUUGCCAGGCCCCUGCUGGAGGAUGAGGUGUGGAGUGGGGAGAAUGCUGAGCUGUGACAUGACUCUCCAGUCUGCUCCCCCAGGGGGCCUUCUCUAUGAAGCCCUCUGAAGGCAGUGACCCUAGUAGUUCUGGUGUUGGCUUCUCGAGCCUGGGUUGGGUUAGGAAUCCUUUAAAUCUUGUAGUGGUUCGAGGGGAAUUCUGGGGACUUUCCCAGUUCCUCCGUCUCUUUCAGUGAUGGCUGCCUCACCAGGCUAUUGAGGGGUAUGCCCUCAGGCUCCAGGAGGAGGCCUCGGGGGGGAGCAGGUGGACCAGUUUGAUUCCUAUCAACCCCAGCCAGCAGGACAGGUUGAAAAGGGAUACCAUUGCGGACUCAGCACCCGUCUCCAUUGACUCUGUGACUGGAGCGACUGCCCCCUCCGCAGAAUCUCUACAUUAAUUUAUUUCAUGAAGGCAAAUAUUUAUUUGUUUGGGGAGUUUCUUUCUAUGUUUUAUUAAUUGUGUUGUUUAAAAGAAAAACAAACCUGCUGGUCUCCAUAAUGCAGUAGUUGAUUGUUGGAUUGUCCAUAUGGGGGAGAUGAGCCCUAAUGACCAUUUGACCAAAGCAUAAUCUGAAAGCAGGACCAACUGUGAACGUUCCCCAGUAGCCAGCUCCCUUGUUUGGUUCUGUUACAAUGAUGUGGCAUUGCCUGUGCCAUAUACACCUCUUUGGGGGAGCAUGUGACAGUAGCCCGGGGUAGUUGUUACAGUGUCUGUCCAUGCAGUACAAGGGAAAAUGAGACACCUCUGGUCUUGGGGUUGGGAUCACUCUGGCAGCUGAGAAAUUAAAGUGAUUCCUUAUCUCUCUGAGAGAUUGGUUAUCUCGGCUCAUGAUAGGUGGGCUUGGGGAUCUCGUGGCAGCAGGCUUGAGCUCCUGUUGGUUUAACAGACCCCCUGGCUGACAUGUGGAGCGCUGUUGCUGGGCUUCAGCCCUUCCCAACUGGAGGUGUCACAUGAGAGUAAAAGGCGAGAGAAUGCCUCUAACACAGAGAGUAAAUUGCACUGACAGUUCACCUCUCGGCGUCUGCAUUCAAAUCAUGCUCUUGGCAUUGAAAUGCCACAUUUACAUGAGUUUGGGCACCUGAGCUAGAUGGCCUGCCAUCCUGUCCGCUGUGUGCGUGCACAUGCACUGAUAACUGCUGAGUAAUCUUGGAAACUCAAUGCCUGCUCAAAGGCCCAGAUCCUUGAAGGGAUGUAGGCUCCUAAAUCCCAUUGACUUCAAUGGAAGUUUAGAAUCUUAAAUACCUUUGAGGAUCUGGACCUAAAUGUCACCACCUCAGGGAAAGAGAGAGACUAUGAAUGUCUUUGGAAAGUGGUCCAUGCUGAUGCUUCAGCAUGGUUAUUGAGAUCUACUCAGACCAGCUCAGGAGGGAGGGACAAGGCAUUCUGGCAUAUUGUGUAAGGUAGCUGUGAAGAAAGGGGAACUGCUUUAUCAAGGGAAGGUGGUGCAGUGCGUGUAUUUGUGUGUACCAUGACAAAAGUAGGACGUUAUGGGGCUUUCUCUCUGUCAUUCUCUGUUUUAAUGGAACUUGUCUGUCAGACAUAACCACAUCAUUCAUAGAAGCCUUAGAUCUACAGUUUAGCUAUGCAAAUUAUUUUAAAAAACAAACAUUGAAAUAGUGCUUUCUUCUUUAACAUAUCCUAGGAGUUGAAAACCGAGGGGUUCUGAGCAAACUUCUGAACAACUUGUCUUUGGAUGCACCAUGGAAAUAAACAAACAAACUCCCCCUUCCACUCCACCCCUCAAUAACAAAGUAAACUAACUGAUGGUGUCCAUGCAAAUUUCUCCAAAGACUUGACAGUGCUGCAUCUCUGAGUCAUGCCCUUUGCAAUUUGUGUGUUCAUCUUGUGCAAAAUACUGUGACGCUGAUUGUAUUACAGCUGUCUGUUGUAUCUCUGUAAGGCUCUCAGAAACUCCAGUGGAUUUGGGAAGUGGACCUAGGCAAGGGGGUUUCUUGUCAUGAGUAGCGAGGAUUCAGACCUGCAGGAAAUCUAAACAAUACUUGUGGAAGGCAACAGUUGAUUUAGGGUUAGAGCAGACCUUUUAAUCAGAGUCCUUUGGCAUGGAUUAUGGUUCCUUCAUUGUUUGUGCCAGGGUAGCACGUUUAAUCUGAAUGAUCCUGCUAGUUCUUUGUAACGAGGGCAUGUUUUGUGUCUUUUCUCUGCUCAGAUGAGGCAUGAAGAUUUGACUUUAAACAGUAGGUUAACGUAUGGUUCUGGAUGCUGUACCUGUAAUUGCAGUAGCUUUCACGGGGACUUUGCUCAUUGCCUCACAAGGAAAGCACCAGAGGCCUCUGGAGGGCACUUUGGAAGGCACUGAAUUGGGCAGGCCUCUGGCACACCCUCACUUUGGUGGGUGGAAUAUGGGAAUUUUUCUGUUCACAGGAAUAGGUGCACCUGGGAUUAAUUUAACCAAGCCCUGUAGCCAUAGGAACUGGUGACUGAUGGAUCCUUUGAUAGCCAUAGGAAAUGGACCCCUGUAAUUUACUUCCCCAGCCACUGGAUGACAGUGUUGUUUCACAUGGAAUAUUUACUUCCCGCAAGCAAGUAGGUUUAAAAAUGUGCUUGUUUUGAACACUGGUUUUUGUAUUCAGUCAAGAAAGCUAGGAAAACUAAUGCUCUUUGCAUUGUGCAGAUUCCCGUAUUAAAUUGACUCUUGUAAACAGGGACCUUUCUCUGUCCCUGGCAAACUUCUGUCUCCUCCUAUCUGUUCGUAGUACAUUCAGUGCUUAGAGUGCACAUCCUCCAUAAACUACUGGAGACUAAUUAGCCCCACAAGUGCCUGGGUCGAACCCCCAUCCUGUACCCCAGCCAGCACUUGGUGGGUGGGUCCCUCUCUCCCUCCCGCUCCAUCCUGACAAAUGCUCAAUCCAGACUACCUCCUCCCCCACAAACCCUCCCAGUUUCCAUGCGUCAUCUCCCAAAAGCUAGCUAGUGGUUUAAAGAUGAAACCCCAUUGAUUUGGGGCAUCACAACCUUUGGGAGAGAUGAUCUCGUCACCUGGAGUGAAGGAAGGGUUGUGAAGGUGAUUUCCUCUGCCUUAGUUUUCUGUUAGUGCUGAUAAAGCCCCCAUCUCCCAGAUGCUGACCAUUGAGAUCCACUGGGUGUGCAACAUCUUCCAGGAAGAUGCAGCUUCUUGUGCCAGAGGGCUGGCAGUGAUUCUGAGUACAUGAAGUGCAGGGAAUGCAGACUGAGACCAUGGGUCAGAACUGUUUAAUGACGGAGACCAGGAAUCAGAAUUGUUUAAUGACUUUUGCAUAGAAGGUCAGAAAGUCCUUUAUCUGAUGCUGUAUAAUCUUCAAGAAUAUCUUGGACAUUCAGAGGUGGUAUUGACAAUGGAGACCUCUCUGAAUCCUGUUCCACAACACUUCCUUACCUAGGGUAUGUCUACAUUACAGCCACUACAGUGGCACAGUUGUGGCGCUGCAGCUGCGCUGCUGUAACGCCCUAGUAUAGGCUCUUCAUGGAUGGAAGAGUUUUUCCAUCGCCGUAGGUAUUGCACUUCUCCGAGAGGGGGAAACUAGAUGGAUGAAAGAAUCCUUCCAUGGACCUACCUGUGUCUUGACUGGGGGUUAGGUCGACCUAACUACGGUGUGAAAUUUUUCACAGUCCUGAGCGACAUAGCUAGGUGGACCUAAGUUUUAGGUAUAGACUAGGCCCUAGUCUCCUCGCUCCUCCUCCACAACCCUCAGUCUUCUCUCUUUCCCUGAUCUCUCCUUUCCAGACUCCUCUUUUCUCUAGCUGACACAUAGGUCCUCUCUUUGCUUUCCUGACCCCUGUGAUGGGGCUGUCUCUGCUAAUUUUCUGACUCCAAAUGGACUGACCAAAGUAGCUUAUAGUUCAUAUUUGUGCUGCAGAUAACACUGAGAGUAGGAACAGGGGCUCUCUGAUAAGCACUUGGACACUAAGGAAGAUUCCUGGGCAGAGCACAGAAGCCCUGGGGACUUGUGGAAUACUUGGGUUGCACUUUGGCUGCCCCUUUCAGUCACUAUCUAGCUAUAAUGAGUAGAUUUUACUUACUUAGGCCGAACUGUUUAGAUGGCAGUUUCUGGAGCAGCAGGGAUAUCAGGGCAAAUUCCACACUGUACUGCUACAAGACACUAAGACAGAAUUAGGGGAAGAGGUGACCUCAUAACUGUGAUGUUUCUGUGAGUUUUCUAGGAUGUACCUAAUCUCAGUCCAGUCUUGGGCAAUGUAUGUUCACGCAGUUCUGCAGGAUGGAGCAUCUCACAUUCAGUUCCAAAAACUGCCAAACGAGCUUCUCUCAAGCUUUGCUGGGAAUGAAAGAAUUCACUUUGCGUUUUGCUCUCCGGGAACAAUCAUGCGAUUGAAUUUCACUAGUACAAAUACUGAUGUGCAAGGUGAAAGGGCGCUCUCCCAUUUGAAUACUUCUGGCAAGCAAAUUCAGGUUGGUUUUUCAUGGACAUUUGCACCAGUAAGCAGAUAAAUGUUGGCUAAUAACUUCAAAUAAUUGCUAAAUUAGAGAAAAUCAUGGUCUGUGGACAUUCUGCGAACAGAAAGGGGCAAAAUACAGCAACUCCAUUCACAAUGAAUGUGCUUCUUUGCUCUCUCAAGUGAGAUCAGGUAGUCCAAAUUUGAGCGGGAAGGAGGGUGGGGGGAAUUUAGACCAACUAGGAUACACUGGGAAUGGCUCCUUGCAAGCUGAAUAGGAAAAGAAACCCAUUUGCAAAGGGAGAGGAUGUUGUAAGUGGGGGGUGAUCAACUGUGUAGGGUGGAGGGAAUAGAGAAAAGAAAUCCCCAUAUGCUCCACCCUAUUCCCCCUGUACUGAAACAAUACCACUAACAGCUGCCCAAAGCUGCACUGUGUCUUGGGUCCUGUAUUGUUAGCCAUCCAGCUUGCAUUCAGAAACUCUCUGGUAGAUUUGCUUGUAUAGGGGAGCGUGAGCGAAUCCAUUGAUAAUGUUUGUUUUUUAUUUUGUUUUUUCUGUUUUUAAUACCGCCUUAGUUUGUGGCCUGUCUUUUGUGAUCAGAAAGAGGAGUUACUGUAGCAGGGUGGGUCGGUUGGCCGGCUGCACACAUGAUCAUGUGCUUCCCUCUUCUCUCUGUCUAACGAGGCGUGCUCACUGAUCUCCCAGAACAGAGACUUUGAACAAUUUGUUGUUUAUAUGAUGUAUUUAUUUUUACUUGUGUUUCAUGUCAUUUUUUAAAAAAUCAAUAAAUUGUAAGUUGGUAUAACUGCCGCUUGGCGCUCUCUCUCUCUCUCUCUCUCUUCUUUUUGAUAAAAUAAACUUACAAAAUUAAAAAACCCCACA